AUGCCAGAAGAAGGAAAGCAGCAAGGCGCCAACACGGACGUUUGUCCCGAAGGCGUAGAUGCCAAGGAAUGGGAGGCCAUGUCCAAGAAUGCCAAGAAAAAGUUACUCAAGAAAUUGGAAAACGACAAGAAGAAGGCCGAAAAGGAUGCCAAGAAAAAGGAAGAAGCUGCCAAGAAAAAGGCUGGAGGAGGAGGAGAAGAAAAAUUCAAGGCGGGAGAAGAAAACUUGGAUCCCACUCAAUUCAAGGCCAACCGAGAAGCCAUGGUCAAGACCAUGGAAGCGGAAGGUGGGAAUCCGUAUCCCCACAAGUUUCACGUCGAUCUGCGAAUUCCCGAUUUUGUGGCCAAAUUUGCCGACACCACCACAGCGGGAGAACGCAUCGAAGGAACCGUCGUUUCGGUAGCGGGACGAAUUGUGUCCGUGCGAGGACAAGGCAAAUUGUUCUUUUACGAUAUUAGUGGCGACGGAGCCAAGGUACAGAUCAUGUCCGAUCUCAAGACAUUUCAUUCCGAAGAAGCCUUCAACAAGAUUCAUCGAACAUUGCGACCCGGGGAUAUUGUCGGGGUCAAGGGAACGCCCGGAAAGAGUAAAAACGGAGAACUCUCCAUUUUCCCACAGGAUAUGCAACUUCUCAGUCCCUGCUUGCACUCACUGCCCUUUUCCAAGGGAGAUUCCUGUCUCGGUGGUCUCGCCAACAUGGAAACACGGUAUCGUCAACGUUAUCUCGAUCUUAUCAUCAACUCGGAUGUUCGCAAGACUUUUGAAAUUCGAGCCAGAAUCAUCAAUUCCAUUCGCAAAUACCUCGAUGAGCGACAUUUUAUUGAAGUCGAAACACCCAUGAUGAACAUGAUCCCCGGUGGAGCCACGGCCAAACCAUUCAUCACCUACCACAAUGAUCUCAGUAUGGACCUAUACUUGCGUGUCGCGCCAGAACUAUACCUCAAGAUGCUCGUCGUGGGUGGACUCGAUCGCGUCUACGAAAUUGGACGCCAAUUCCGAAACGAAGGCAUUGACCUGACACACAAUCCAGAAUUCACCACGCUGGAAUUCUACCAAGCAUACGCCGAUUACGAAGAUCUCAUGAACAUGUGCGAAGAACUCGUCAGUGGCAUGGUCAAGUCCAUCACCGGGGACUACAAGAUCAAGUACUCCCCCAAGCCGGGACAACCCGAAGUGGAAAUUGACUUUACACCACCCUUCAAGCGCAUAUCCAUGAUUGAAGGACUGGAAGAGAAAAUGAAUACCAAGUUCCCCGAAAUGGAUGACCCCGAGAUUGAACAGAAACUCAUUGCACUGCUCAAUGAACACAAAUUGGAAUGUGCACCACCACAAACAGUAGCACGGUUGCUGGAUACCUUUGUGGGGGAAUUUCUGGAGGACGGGAUCAUUCAUCCAACGUUCAUUACGGAACAUCCGCAGAUUAUGAGUCCGUUGGCCAAGUAUCAUCGAUCCAAGAAGGGUUUGACGGAACGAUUCGAACUGUUUGCCGCUGGACGAGAGUUGGCAAAUGCCUACACGGAAUUGAACAACCCCGUAGUGCAGUACCAACUCUUUUUGGAUCAGGCCAAGGCAGGCAGUGCGGGAGAUGACGAAGCCAUGGUUAUGGAUGAUUCCUUCAUCACCGCCCUGGAACACGGACUGCCACCAACGGGCGGCUUCGGUUUGGGUGUGGAUCGGCUCACCAUGUUCCUGGCCAACAAGAACAACAUCAAGGAAGUCCUGUUGUUCCCGGCUAUGAAGCCCACGGAUGAACAAAUGCAGUUGAUUGCCGCAAAUGCACCCAAGAGGGACGACAAUGCCAAAAAGAACUAG